AUGUCAAACAAAGAAACAAUGACAUUAGAAAAGGAUGAUUCAUCCAACACGAUCAAUAACAACAAGAUGAUCAGUGAAGCAAUGUCAUCACUCAACAACAACAACAAAAAUAAACCAAAAACAGCUACAGAAACUGUUAAACUUUCUGUAGAGGACGAAGAAUCAAAUCAAAAAAAAUUAGAAGCAUUGAAAGCAGUGAAAAUCAAUAAAGUAGAUGUUGAAAUAAUCUGUAGAGAAUUGGAGGUGGACACUUUACGUGCAGAGAAUGCACUCCGUGAAAAUGAUGGAAAUAUAAUCUCUGCUUUAAAAUAUUUAAUUCAUAGCAAGUAA